AUGCUAGCCUCAAUUAAUAAGAAAAGUUCUUCAUUACGGGGAGGUGGUUGUGGAACUUUUAGAAUGAUUCUAAGAACAUAAGCAAACUUAAAGUCAGAUAUUCAAGAUAUAGAAAAUUUCAUGACCAAAUUUGAUUCUUUUGUUGAAAUCAUUUGUUUUAAAGCUGCUGUUGUUAAUUAUUUAGAAUCUUAAGAAAUAACGUUAGCCAUUCAAUGGUUGAUAUUUUAAGAGGAAAACAUCUACCUACUCAACAAAAAUGUGUAAUAUAUAAUAAAUUCAUACAACUUAAUUGUAGAGGGAAUUAGAAAAUUAUUGAAAAGAUGUUUGAUAUAAAUUAGAACAAACUAGUUUAAAUGUUUGCAUAUCUUAUAGAUUGCAGCAUCUCUAUCUAAAGUAAUAUUUAGUUUCUAUGGAAUGAACAGAAAUAGAAUAAUGAAAAUUGAUUUCUAAAAGUAAUUUCUGGAUAUUUCAAAUGAUUUAGGGAAUUUUUUCUUUCCUUAACAAAAACUUCUUUUGAGAUGACUACAAAUAAAAAUAAAGAAAGGGAAGAUAUUGUAAAAGGUUUUGUAAGUGGUAUAUUUGGAUCUUAAGUAUAAAUGAAACCUAAUGCUGAAUUACUUGAAUCAAUAUUUUAGGCAGCCUGCUAAAUUCACAAUAUGUAAAAAAUAAAAAAAAAUAGAAAAUAAUAUGAUUAGAUAUGUUAAAAUGGGAGAUCAUAUAUAAUCUAAAAAAAGAUAGCUAAUAGAAUUAGGAAAAAGUAAUCUUACAAAAUGAGAAAAAACAUGAUAAAAUUGUGA